AGAGUGGCCUGAGUUUGUUAAGAACUACGCUCCGUGGUGGGCCUCACACACUUUAGACUGGUUGACUUACGGGAGGAGCGUCCACGUGGUCCACUUCGAGGACUUGAAGAGGGACCUGUUUUCAUUGCUCAAAGGGAUGGUCCAGUUUCUGGGUUUGAAGGUUUCUGAAGACCGCCUGCUCUGCGUCGAGGGCCAGAAGGACGGAAACUUCAAGCGGUCGGGACUACGGAAGCUGGAGUACGAUCCCUACACUCCUGAAAUGAGAGCCAACAUCGACGAGCUGAUCAGAACAGUAGAUGCUGCUUUGAGGAAACGCAAUAUGUCUGGAGUUCCUGCAGAAUAUAUGCCAAGAUGAUAAAUGUGAUCUUUUAUUUCUUACCCUCUUCUGCUUUUGAUUGGUUGGUUUUUAACAGGCUGUAUCACAAAUCACAACCUUUUUUAUGUUUUUCCCUCACUUAGAAAGGUUUCACUCCACCCUUUUUUUAUUUUCCAGCCAGAGUUCCGCAGAACGAUGCAUUCACACUUACAGUUUCGAAUAGAUUUCUUUUUUAUGAAUGAAAAGCAUUUCUUACCCUGCUCUAUGCACAUGCCUUACACCAAGACGGUACAACAGCUGUGACCACAGAGAGGCUCUUCUGCCUGCACUGAACGAUUUGACAAAACAUUUUAACACAAAUGAUAUAAAAACUACAGAAAAGGCUUCUAUUUUUUGGCUGCUAUCAAAGUUACAAAGACGUUUUAUAUAUGAAGUUCUCUGAAACCUAAUCUGUUCAUCAAAGGGGGAAAAUGCAAUAUGUAGAGUCUGACUACCUGAUAAWGAUGAAUCUAUGUGUUUCCAACUCUUUAUGUUCUUCACCUUUUUCGUGUUUUUUUUAUUUUAUUUUUUAUUUUUGUUAGUCGAGCUAAAGAACUCAUUCUUUUAGUUAGAUGAAUAAAUCUUUUUAAAGGCCCUGACUCGUAAAGAGAAAAAGGGUUUAUGUCUUUGGUGUUAUUUAUCUCUGGUGUGCACUGCACAGACUGAAACUUGAUUAUUAUUAAAAUGUUUUCCUAGCACUGGACUUUGAUGCAAAAAAAAAAAAAA